AAGAAGUAAAAGAAGUUUAAUUUCUAUAGUAACGAAUGCUGUAAAAACACUGAAGACUGCUUAUUUCUGUAUAAAGACUUAACACAUCUUACAAACACCAAAUUCAAUAAGAAACCCCAGCACCAAACUAUUUCAGGCUAUAUUUUAAAGGCAGGUGACGCUGCUUCAGAUAAAACAGUUCCACACUUCCAAGAAAUAGUUAAGAGAAGGCAAAGACAAGCAGAAAGUUUUCGCUGACACUCACACAGUUGCCAUGGAGCUGCAUAAGCAGCGGGAGAACAAAGAGACUGACUGGCACAAGGAGAAGAUGGAAUUGCUGGACCAGUUUGACAACGAGAGGAAGGAAUGGGAAAGUCAAUGGAAGAUCAUGCAGAAGAAGAUAGAAGAGCUUUGCCAGGAAGUAAAGCUCCGAAGGAAAAUGAACGUGAAUGAACAUUCCAAGGACAUUGAUUUUCAUCAUGAGAAGGCUAUUCAAGAUAAAAUGAUGGAAUCGCCUCCAAAUUACCAUAAUUCAGGAAAAUCUGAGUUUACAGGAAUAAAUCACAGGGACAAAGAAAAAGCAGAACAGGAAUUUCUUGGGGAAGUAAAUCAAGUGUGCAAAGAACAAAAUGCAGCCACAGAAACAACAGUUAGGUUUAUCAAUCCCUUGGCCACAGAUGAGAAGGAACAUGAGGCCUGGCCUGGUCCAAGGCCUUCUGAGGAAGAGAGGAGAGACUGUUCUGGUGCCCUCUACAUAGCUCUUGAAGAACUUGCCAAAGUUAGUGAAGAAUUAUGCAGCUUUCAAGAGGAAAUCCAAAGGCGCUCUAAUCAUAGAAGGAUGAAGUCAGACUUUUUCCAGGAAAUGCCAAAUAUAAACAGUGUGCCUCAUGGGGACCAGCUGAUCAAUAAGGGCCAGGGCACUCUUUCAGCCAGUUUAGAGCAAGAAAAACAGAGAAACAGAAGGAAUCUGAGCUGUACUGAUGGACUUCAAAAUAAGUCUAUGAAAAAAUGUGAAACUGGUACAAUUGAUUUGCUAAAACAAGAAAUACCACCAGUUCCUCCUCCAAGAAGCACCUCUCGGAAUUUUCCGAGUUCAGCGUAUUGUGAGCAGGCUCAAGAAAGACUGAAAGCAAGCUUGGCAUCCAGGUGGGUGUCACAGGAGUGUGGAGCUAAAAAGAACUGCAGUUCUUAUUUCCUUGGGAGGCAGCCUGCGCAGUAUACAUAUGAAGGGAAGAGUUUGAAAGACAGGACCAUACUUCCCUCCUUGACACAAGAAGUCGAAAUAGCUAGCAAGCCUGAAGGUAAUGAAGACACUGGACUUAGAGUGUGGUCAUGUGACCCUAGAAUCGGUAUACAAAAGAACCCUUUGGCUUUGUUCUUUCAGGAAACCAGCUCUGUCUCUAGUAAACCAGAUUUUGCAUCUGUAAUCCCAGAUAAACUCACUGAAUCUCAUCUUGGUCUUCAUGUGAGUAGCAGACAUCAUCCCUCUGGGUCAGAGGGCAGUGGCCCACUUAGAGGCAUCAACCCUGGCUUUCAAAGAACUACUAGGAAUGAAAAGCUGGCAGCAAAGACUGAUGAGUUUAACAGAACUGUAUUUAGAACAGAUAGAAAUUGUGCAAUACAGCAAAAUCAAAGCCUCACAAAACUGCCUGAGCAUCUUCAGCCCUGUGAUAUUGUAAGUACUCAUGGAGGGAACAUGGCAAGAAGUGACAAUGGGACUGAUGUUCUAAAAACCAGUAACCACAUGUCUCUGACCAUGGACAAUGUGUUUGAUAAUGCCACCGAAAUAUCCACAACAGGCUUUGUCAAACAGAUGGAGGAAUGCCCGAAUCCUAGCAGUUAUCAGAAUAUGUUCCAUGAGCGUGAUUGGAGACCAAGUGAUUUUUCUGGCCGACCAAGGUCAGCUGAUCCUAGGUCAAAUUAUGGUGUUGUGGAAAAGUUGCUGAAAACCUAUGAGACAGCAACGGGGUCUGCAUUGCUAAAUUCUAAAUGCUACAGGGAUAACUGGACCAAAUGUAAUUCUGUCAUAAGUGGUGAUGCCAUGCUAAGCCAGCAUUUAGAAAUGUGUCACAUGGAACAAAAGACACAGUCAAAAGCAGCUUUACAUGGUCAACAGCAAGUGAAACAUGCAGUGGAUUGGAAAAAGAUAACAGAGGAAUCUGGGGCAGUGAAAACCUCCAAUGGUAAAGGAUUUUCCCGACCUGCUAGACCAGCAAACCGCAGGCUUCCAUCAAGAUGGGCAUCCAGAUCUCCCUCUGCGCCCCCUGUCUUGCGGAGGACUGCCUACACCUGCAACAUUUCUUUGCAAUCUGGUGCCCCAGUGGUCUAAAUGUCAACCUGGGUUGCUGGAUUACAAAAGUUCUAGGCCCCAUUGUUACACUAGACAUUGUGAAGUGUUUACAACAAUCCUGUUCUCUUCUGCCAUUUAAGAUCACUGGGACAAGCAGCUUAAACCUCAGCUUCCCAUCAGUCUUCAGUGUUUUUAAUCUAUGGAACAAUUAUCUCCUCAUACUUUACUUACAUAGAUCAGAAUUUUGUAUUGACAUCUUCAUUGAUUUUUUCCAAUAUGAUUUAAGUUGAAACAAUGUACUAUAUUGUAUAUUCUAACUUUCUUGCAAAUGCAGAAAGCAAGGUUGUGUGCAUGGCUCUGUGUUUGUAAGUGCAUGUGUUGGCAUAGAAAGUAUUCUAGUGUGUAUUUAGAUAAGAAAUUUACAUGCUAAUAUCAACUUUGAAAUUAUAACAUGUACACCUAUAUAUUCUUUGUGUUUAUUUAAAGUUUUGAAAUAUACAGUUCUAUUUAUAUUUUGUAUACCUUUUAGUAGGUAUCCAACCUAAGACCUUUCAGAUUCAUAUAUUAUUUAACUUACUUGGUCCACAACUGCAUUGAAAAUUAAGAGUUAUACACACACCUAACAUUGGUAAUUUUCUAUACCUAGCCUUUCAAUAGCAUCUUAACCUAUAUGAAGAUAAACUAACACCACCGAUUUUUUUGUUUAUUCUUUUAAAUAAAACUUGUCACAGGUUUAAUAGAUGAGUCUUCUAAAGCAAACAUAAUUGUUCAUAAAGGCUUUUAUAUAUCAUUUGGUAGUCUCUUGUGGCCUGAACUGUAUACUUGAUUCUCAGAGCCAGUAUUAAAAGACUGCCUUAAUAAUGACAGGACAAUAUAAUUAAUUUUAUUUUGUCAACCUCAGUAACAGACAUUCCUUAAACGGGAUGCAAAAAGAAUUAAAUUAUGAUAUAUUUUACUUUUUGUUAAAUUUUGGUAACUUUGUAGUGUAGCUUCAUUAUCUGGAGCCAUGCCUACAUAGAGGUAAGUCACUCUUGUUUCCUAUAAUAACCUUUUCCUUAAAAUCAGUAGGUACUACUUUACUUUUCUUUGGCAAGGAAGACCAAGAACAAUAUUGCACUGACAGGUGAAUUAUAAUGCAUUUCUUAUGCUAUGUAAAAAAAGAAAAGCCGUACACUAACUUGGCACUCAUAGUAGCAUGAGAAACAAUGAUGUAUAUCUUGGCUACAAUUUGUAUACAUCACAUGCAUGAAAUCUGUACCAAGAGCUGACAUAGAAGAAAUUGGAAUACUGAGGUGCUUGGAAUUACAUGGACAAUUUUAGAAGCAACUUUCUUUUCUACUGUCUCCAUUUAAAAUCAGUUAUGUUAUACUGUUAGUUAAAAAUUAACUAUUUCAGCUGUUUUUUUCUUUUUACUCCCAAAAAUGUCAAGUUCUUACACGAAAUGAAUUCAGUGAGCUGAAUUCAGUGCGCCUUCUCCUUGUGACAUUCUAGCAACUUAGAGGAAUUCACUUUUUUAUUUAUCAUGCCCUGAAGAAAAUGAAAUAAUUUGUAAGUCACAGAAUGCCUUCAAAAGCUCAAUACUUACUGUAGUUAUACCUAGCUUCAUGGUUUACAAGGAGAAUCCUAGGACAUAAGCUGAAUUAAGUGUCUAGAGUGUGAGUUUGAUAUGGACAGUACUCAAGGGCUAUUGAUCUACUCUUGUCUCAGUCAGGGUAUAUUUUUCUAUAAGAACUCUUAACACUGAAGACUAAACUAGAUACCAGGUGAUAUCAAUCUAUAUACUUUUUCACAGGAGAAGAAAGUACAGGGAAAGUACCCUUGGGUAUGAAAUGAUGGCCCAAAAUGGUUGUUGUGGAUAGUGUGCAAAUAAUGUGCAGAUUUCCUGUCCAUCCCCAUCUCUGCACCCCAGGCAGUCUGGCUUGCUCUAUGUUCCCCACCUUUAUGUACAAGUCAGAAUAUUGAGGAUGUCCUUGAAAGAGUCCUCAUCUUACCCCAUAACUAAUAAAGCAAGAUUUCCAACA